AUGAACUUCACUAUUCGACCGGGAACAAAAGCAGACUUUAAAGACAUAUGGAGACUGCUCAAGGAUUUGGCAAUCCACGAGAAAAUGCUUGAUGAAAUGAUAGUGACUUAUGAAGAACUGGAGCGGGAUGCCUUUAGCCAGGAACCCUGGUUUGAAUCCCUUUUGGCAGAAGUACCUGAGGAGAAUAAAGAAGGAUUCAAAAUAGUUGGGCUCGCAGUUUACUUUUACACAUACAGUACAUGGAAGGGCCGGUCUGUGUAUUUGGAGGAUUUGUAUGUGAUGCCAGAAUUCAGAGGUUUUGGCAUUGGAAAGAAUUUGCUGAGCACACUUGCGAAGGUGGUGAAAGAAAAACAUUGUGUGCAGUUGGAGUUGUCUGUGUUGGGUCAAAAUAAUCGUUCACGAGCCUUUUACUCUGGUCUAGGAGCUCAGGACAUCACGCUCAGGGAUGGUUGGCACUCGCUGCGUUUUGACGCACAAAGCCUCAAAAAUGUCAUUUUAUGA